AUGCUGCUGCUGGCUCUUGCCUUGUCGCCAACGGUCGCCCUGGGUUUCUUGUCCUUCGACUGCCCCGCUCCGUAUGGAGCCCUCGAUCUCGAUGUCAGGACAGUCGUUGACCUCAAGCAGAAUGCCGACAUGGUGAUGGAUAGCCGGUGGGCGGUAGAUCCGGCCACGCCCCGGUGGAUGCCAAUCCUUUACCAAGGCACAGUGCGUGCGCAGGGCAAGCGCAAGCUCUUCGGAGUUGGCGAGUUCCUUGACAAGGGUUCUGUGACAGAGCAUUACGCGCAGAUGGGUUUCGACAAUCGCCCGCAUCCAAACUCAUGCCAAGACACUUGUCUCUUCACUUUCUCCAGCUCCUCAGACAUGAAAAAGGCGCGUGUUCGCACCGUGACGAAGGAUGAUGGCACCCAGCAUCUUCAGUUCGAGUCACAGUCCGGGAAGGAGCUUCUGACCUGCCCCAGUGCGAAGCAGAAGAACACUGAACUGUAG